AUGUCGACGAACUCAGACUCCAAAUCAGUCCUUCCGCCUGCUCCAGUACCUAGGGGCCGUAAGAGGAAGGCAACGUCAGAUCCACCACAAGAGCAUAGCUCGAACGAGACCGUAGAUGAAAACACAAUAGCAACGGCACCCAUAACUCCCAAGAAGCGUCGUGUUCAAAAGAAAUCCGUUGAUCUCCCACCCGCAACGCCUACUCCGAGUAACGUGCGGCUCAUAAGCAAGCCGGCCGAGACGUUCGAGACGCCAAAACCGAAAGCAAGCUGGGCAGCGGCCAAGGCGAUCAAGCAACGGUUUAUUGACCUGUUUGAUAACGGCGGUAGAUUCCCGCACCCGCACCCGUCCCAAGUUGCGGCCUGUACCAUUGAGCGGCUGCGUACAGCGGGUCUUUCGCAGCGGAAGGCCGAGUACGUGCAAGGACUAGCAGAGAAGUUCGUCAAUGGCGAACCUGAGCGCUCAAAUCCUCGGAUGCCUCAUGUCUUCUCUUUGGGCGACCUAGGGGUGCAGAGGGGCAUGGCUGCGUUUAUCGGACGUGAUGUGGCCAAGUUGAAAAAUAAGGGUGGGAAAUGGAAGUACAUGUCAGAAAAGGAGAUGCAAGAAAUAUCUGAAAAGUUUGCUCCAUAUAGGAGUGUCUUCAUGUGGUAUAUGUGGAGAGUCGAGGAGACGGACGUGAGCACAUUAGAAUAA